CGAAAGAAAGCCACAAAACCACAGAGAGGAAGAAGAACAAGAACAAGAGCAAGAAAUCUAACUGACUGAGCUUGCCUGCAUCAGAUCGAGUGAAUCAUGGCCGAGUCAAGUGACUCGGUGUCCAUAGACAUUGACAUGGUACCUUUAGGAGGGAAGGAAUGUUUGGUUAAAACAAGUAAAGGAUCAGUGUCUGUGUUUGUAUGUGGUGAUCAAGAGAAGCCUGCUUUGGUAACAUACCCAGAUGUUGCUCUCAACUACAUGUUUUGUUUCCAAGGUCUGUUCUUUUGCCCGGAUGCAGCUUCUUUGUUGCUUCAUAACUUCUGCAUUUAUCACAUUGAUGCCCCUGGGCAUGAGUUAGGAGCUCAUGAGAUUUCUUCAGAUGUUCCACUGCUUAGUGUAGAUGACUUAGCUGAGCAAGUUGCAGAGGUGCUCGAUUUUUUUGGACUGAAAAAGGUACUGUGCCUGGGAGUGACUGCUGGUGCUUACGUCCUUACACUCUUUGCAAUGAAGUAUAAAGAGCGGGUGCUUGGAUUAAUACUUGUCUCCCCUAUUUGCAAAGCACCUUCUUGGGCAGAGUGGCUUUACAAUAAGGUGUUAAUGAACUUGUUGUACUUCUAUGGAAUGUGUGGAGUGUUGAAGGAGUGCCUUCUCCAGCGAUACUUCAGUAAGGAAUUUAGGAGUGGUGAACAUGGUGAAGAAUCAGACAUAAUUCAAGCUUGCCGACGGGUUUUGGAUCAAGGCCAAAGUUUAAAUGUCAUGCGCUUUCUUCAAGCAAUUAAUGAGAGGCAUGACCUUACAGACGGCUUGCAGAAUCUGCAGUGCAAAAUGCUUAUUUUUGUGGGUGAAAGUAGUCCAUUCCAUGCUGAAUCCGUGUUUAUGAUGCCGCAAUGGGCAAAAAAAAGCUGUGCUCUAGUCGAGGUUCAGGCAUGCGGCUCAUUGGUAACAGAAGAAUACCCAUUAGCCAUGUUGAUUCCAAUCGAGUUCUUUCUAAUGGGGUUCGGAUACUAUAGACAACCACACUUUGCUUCUUCAUCAAGCAAUGGCUCAAACCCUACUAGCCCCUCAAGCCACUCUUGCAUAGCACCGGAACUUCUUUCUCCCGAAAGUCUAGGUAUCAAGCUAAAACCGAUCAAAACGCGCGCAGAUAUUGAAAUUUGA